AUGACGGCUUCCACAGAAAACCGGCCGUUGCUACCGCAGCAGUCCGGGAUGACAAAUAUAUCAUUUGCACCCCCGAAUCUGGGACCUCCCAACGACAAGAAGAAUUAUGUCUUUGUUGACGAACACAAUCGACAUCGACGUCUCAAAGUGGUCAGGGCGUGUGAUGGCUGUCGGAGGAGAAAGAUCAAAUGCGACUCUGCUACAACGAAUCAGUGGCCAUGUGCUGCCUGCGUGCGAUUGAAGCUGCAUUGUAUACCUCCUGCUGUCAACUUCGAACGGAAUGGAAAUGAUUCAAACUCGAAACUAGGCAUGCAGGGUGUCCUGGAUUUCGACAACUCAAGCGGUAGUGGCGACGAUGACUACAUCAUGCCAACACAUCCCACCUCAAUGAACUGGAACAUGCAUGACCCGUCGAAUAUCCCGGGAUCUUCUCAACCCUUCGAUGUCAAUAUUGGCUCCUUCGGCACACCACCUUACUCCACCCCAAUUCCCCAGCAAGAAUUCUCAUUCUCUGACGUAGCCACGAUGCCUCUAAGUGGAGCGCCAUCUUCAUUUGAUGACACGAGUUCGUAUGAUUUUAAUCACAAACCUUCCUUACCCCGCUCCAGCAGCGCUUGGAGCGGAGAACAGUAUUCCACUGGAGAUAUCAGCGACAUACUCGGAGACUUGAAGAUCAACGAGAACGGCGUUGCACAGUCGGUUCCCGACGCUGACGACAGUGCAGCUCCCUAUAUAUCCCAGCAGAAGAAAAUCUUAGCAGAAGCGCCAGCUUAUGAAGAGGCCGAUCCCGGAUUGCCGAAAUUUGUUCAUACCGGCGCUUCUGUGCGAAUACCUCCAGAACUCAUGCCUUCGGAUGAGCAAUGUAUGAAAUACUUCGACAUCUUCUUCACACAUGUACAUCCUUACGUACCCGUAAUCAGCCACGAAGACUGUUUCAUGGAUGUUCCGCGACUGAGCACUGUACAAGCUAUGAUGAUACUGUUGAAAGCGCGCGAGUCUCAACCGAAGCGAGGGUACUACUACAGAUCCUGGAUAACGAUCAAGAAAAUCAUCACCAUGGCUCACGAUCUUGACCUGCACGAGCACCGUGAUCAGCAUAGGGAUGGGCAAUCUUGUGGUUCAGACCCUACAGAGUGCCUGAUCAAGACCAGGAUUUGGCAGACACUGUUCGUCUUGGAGACCAUGGUUGGCUCUCCACAAGGCCGAACUGAUAUGGGCAUCGAUCCUGAGUCAGUGGACCUGGAAGUGAUGCGCCCUGAGCCCGGUGUAGAUCAUUCCGACUACAUUGUCUCAAGACAAUUUACCUGGCUACUCAAGCAAGUCUUUUAUGUGCGCAGGUUGCACGAUCUCAAAGGCAAAACGAAGGGCGCAGACGUCUCCAACUGGAUUCAAGACCCGAAAUUUAUCAGCACUGGUGCAGAUCUCAUGGGAUGGUUGAAAAGCCUUCCCCGAGAUCUCCAGGUCGACUUUCCUCUGGAUGAUGAAGCCCCAUACCUUACGAGCCACUUCAUCGGAAACAUGCACUCCUACUAUCACCUGACGUCGGUCAUGUUGCAUCGACCGCAGCUUGCGCAAGCAGGUUCCUAUGCUAAUGGUAGCUGGAAGAGGCAUAUGGCCGUCUGCUAUGAUUCUUCAAAGAAGAUGUGCAAACUUCAGGAGUCGAUCCUGCGCAAUUUUGGCAUCAAUGGAUUGUUAUGCAUGCAGCGUGGCAUCAAUUUCGUUAUAUAUACUGUUCUGACAUGCACCAUGAUUCACCUGGUCGCAAUUACAUCACCAGAUCCCGACUUCAAUCAAGACGCGAGGGAUUACUUCAAACGACACAUGCGUAUCCUUGAAACGUGUGCUACUGCAUGGCCACAACAAGAUAUGCAGAAGCAGAUCAAUGCGCUCCGAUCGGCAUUUUCAGCCGACACCAGCAAACCAUUUGAGCUGAAGCCAGAAUUCCCUUACGGAAGCCCCGGAAUGCCUACAAUGCAGCCAAGUCCUCCUUUGGAAUCGCAGUAUCAGCAUAUGCCCAUGUUGUCAAGAUCAACAUCGCAUCCUCAGCAAACUUCCCAACAUCUUUCUGUGCAGCCUGGGCCUAUGACUCCACCUAUGACUGCUGGAUUAGAUGGCCCGAAUGACGGCUCUCUGUAUGGUGGAAACUCCCUCUCGACCAGCCAUAACUCUUCUACCGAUCUACAAGCUGUAUGGAAUCCAACGCCAAUCAUCGAGAAUUGGAAUGCAGCUUUUGGAGAGAAUUCUGCUUCAAUGGCCGAGAUGUCGGUAACCGUCUCUCAACAAUCUCCGCCUCUAUACCACCCAACGACUCUAGGCAUACAAAACCACACGCCCAUGAAUACAGCCAUGCCACAGCAUUAUUCACUCACACCAGAGAUCCCACCGCUUCCAAGAAGCAACUCUAACCAGUUCUCGACCAACACCAGCGGAGAUCCAUCCUUCGUCACAUCAAACAUGUGGCGGGAUACCAUCGCCAACACAUAUGAUCGAUCAGCACUGAAACGCGGUUGGGAUAACCAAUCCUCGUAUCUUGACGACCCCGUGCAAACCAAGCGAGCACGCUAG